AUGGCAGGGGUAUUCGACGAUCAAAGUUCUACCAAGACAGGGAGUCGAUACGUCGUUCAAAAUGUUCAGGAUGUCGAAUACCAACACUUCACUCCACAGUCGGGUUCAUCGAGCGCUGCCAUCUCCGAGGACGGACAGAUCGUUACCCAGUAUGAACGGCAAAGCUUGAUCCGGGGUCUGGGGCAACGCCAUAUCCAGAUGAUUGCCAUUGCUGGCGCAAUUGGUACGGGUCUCUUUCUCGGGUUAGGUGGCUCGAUCGCUACCGGUGGUCCUCUGGGUGCCUUGCUAGGCUACCUGUUCGUCGGCUUGAUAGUCUGCUGCAUUCAAUUUGCUCUCGGAGAGGUCUCUGCACUGCUACCAGUCACUGGUUCUUUUGUGCGACAUGCAGAGAUUCUAGUGGACCCCGCGCUGGCAUUCGCGGUCGGCUGGAAUGUUGUUUACGGAUGCUUUAUCAGUGUUCCAAGUGAGAUCUCCGCCAGCGUCGUCCUUAUCCAAUACUGGACGGAUAUCAAUGCCGCCGUCUGGGUGACUAUCCUCAUAGUUGUGUCAGUGGCCGUUGCCGUCUCGUUGAUCAGUGUCUAUGGCGAGAUCGAGUUCCUCUUCGCCAUUCUUAAGAUCCUGCUGGUGAUUUUUGUGGUCAUUCUCGGGCUUGUCAUUGAUCUAGGGGGUGUGCCCGGUGUACCCCGACGAGGCUUCCACUACUGGAAAGACCCGGGCCCAUUCGUUGAGUACAUUGCUACUGGGUCUUUGGGACGCUUCCUUGGAUUCUGGGCCGUUAUGACCAAUGCAGUCUAUUCGUUCGCGGGUGUAGAAUCCUUAGCCACGGCCGCUGGUGAAACAAAAAACCCACGACAGAACAUUCCCAAAGCCUGUAAAAGGGUAUUUGCGCGAGUGUCUAUUUUCUAUGUCGCCACUGUGCUGGUCGUGGGUAUGUUGGUCUCUAGCGCUGACGAACGUCUCGGCUCAGACUCUGGCACCGCGGCUACGAGUCCGUUCGUCAUUGCCGCCAGCGAUGCAGGCAUCAAGGCUAUUCCUUCCGUUGUGAACGCCGUAUGCUUGACCUCCGCGUGGUCUGCAUCGAACCAGAGUAUCCUGACAGGAACAAGAACGCUGUAUGGUCUUGCGGUCAAGGGACAUGCUCCGAAAAUAUUCCUGCGUACUACUAGGUGGGGAGUGCCGUACAUGUGUGUGUUGCUACAGGUUGCCUUCUCCUUCCUGGCUUACAUGUGUGUUUCCAACGACGCCAUGAAUGUCUUCUGGUGGUUCGUUGAUUUGACUUCGGCUGGUACCUUGGUCUCGUGGAUCGCUAUCGCUUUAAACCACAUUCGUUUGUUGCAAGCGCUGGAUAAACAGGGCAUCUCACCAACAGAGUUGCCGUGGCAUAAUCGAAUUACCAGAUACACAAGCUGGUUUGCGUUAGUCUCUUGUGUUGUGAUUCUCUUUACGGGCGGAUUCGUAGUUUUCACGGCAGGAAAUUGGGACACUGCGUCGUUUAUCUCAUCGUAUCUGGACAUUCCACUCGUCCUCUUCGCGUACGUGGGCUAUAAGUUGAUCCGCAGGACAAAGAUCAUUCCUUUGAAGCAAGUCCCAGUUCAACAAGCGAUAGAUGAAGCCAACAAUGACCCGGAGAAUGUGCCAAUCAAGAAAGACGGCAUGCUGGCGAAGAUGAAUAUUCUUUGGGGCUAA